CAGACAGAGGGCUUGUGACGGGCUCUGCCACUCAGAUCACCAUGUACAGCUUCAUGGGUGGCGGCCUCUUUUGUGCCUGGGUGGGGACCAUCCUCCUGGUGGUGGCCACAGCGACAGACCACUGGAUGCAGUAUCGACUGUCGGGGUCCUUCGCCCACCAGGGCCUGUGGCGAUACUGUCUGGGCAACAAGUGCUACCUGCAGACAGAGAGCAUCGCUUAUUGGAAUGCCACCCGGGCCUUCAUGAUCCUGUCCUCCCUGUGCGCGACAUCGGGCAUCAUCAUGGGCAUCCUGGCCUUCGCUCAGCAGCCCACCUUCACCCGCCUCUCCCGGCCCUUCUCCGCGGGCAUCAUGUUUUUCGCCUCCACCUUUUUUGUCCUGUUGGCCUUGGCCAUUUACACUGGAGUCACUCUGAGCUUCCUCGGUCGCCGCUUUGGGGACUGGCGCUUUUCCUGGUCUUACAUCCUGGGCUGGGUGGCCUUGCUCAUGACCUUCUUCGCAGGGAUUUUCUACAUGUGUGCCUACCGGAUGCAUGAAUGUCGGCGCCCGUCUGCUCCCCGCUGAGCCCAAUGUACCCCCAACUUCAUCUGGAAGUUAAAAUGGGGCCACUGAAAAGGAGGGGGAGGGUCUAGAGGCCUGAAGUCCUAGUUCCUUUGGGCAGGAGGGGGCUCAGUCCUGGACUCUGGGUGGGGGCCUCUGACUCCUGCGUCCCAAGGGGGAAGGAGGGAGAAGGGGGCCUGGUGGGAGGCAGUUGAGAUGACCCAAGGCCCAGCCCACGAAGAGGGGGUGUUAGAGAAAUGGGAUCUCCAGUUAGAGCGACUUUUUGAGAGCCUAAUAAAACUGAUAUGAAACUA